AUGAAUUUUAAAAAUUUUUACGUCAAAAUAGAAUUUGAGAAUGAAGGAAAUUUGAAUGAAUUAAUAUUAAAAUUUAUCGGUACACAAAAUAAUCGAGCUUUCUUUUAUCCAAUUUCUUCGAUAUUUAAAAAUUCUUAUUCUUCACUUCUUAUAAAAUCAAUUAAAUUAUCAUCAUCAUCAUCAAAAAAUUCAAUAGAAUUGGAUAUUUCACAAAUACUAUAUCCUAAUUUAGAAAUUAGAACCGAUUAUAAAAUCUUUGAUAAAAAUUUGAAAUGGAAUUUUAUUUUUGAAAUUAUUAAAAAUGAGAAUAUGAUGAUUUUUUCUCCUUUGAGAUUUGAUAUUGAAUUAAAUUAUUUAUGUAAUUAUUUGAAAAAGAUUGAAGAUUAUGAAGAUAAAUGGAGUCAUUAUUCUUACGAAGAUAAUACCGUAGCACAAUGUAGUUUGGGUUCUAUUUUUAGAUUUUAUUAUCUAUCAAAAAAAAUCUUUCGUAAUGGAAUCUUCCGUAAUGGAAUCUUCUGUAAUGGAAUUUUUAAUAAAAAAUUUCAAUCUAAAAUUCAUGUAAAUAUUGAUGAAAAGAAAAAAUAA